CUGACUCACAACUUUUCGUGGCGGGGAGGGAGUAUGCAGAAUCACAGCCCGGCUUCAGGCUGUGACUGACACAGUAAAACCACAGGAGGUUAACAAGCGACAAAUCUGCUUCUAUCAGGGACUUAAAGAAAACAAUCAAACGUGUUUUUGCCUGCACAGACAUCUCUAUUAAAAAACAAGAUGAUAAUGGCUCAACCGUUCUGGAGGGAAGAUCUGCACCAAUGACAGAGGUGCAUGUUAAAAUGAUUUGGCAAGCAGCUGAGUGGAAGGUGUCUGCAGACAAGGAUUAUUUGAAGGACAGAGAAAUAGAAACUCCUCAGGAUAAUGAAGAGACAGCACCUGUGUUAGGCUGGUUAAGAACACUGUCUCCUACUUCCCUGGACUGUUUGGAAGUUGGAAGUAUCCUGAGACGCUCCUAUGGACACACAGACCUCCCCACUAAACUGAGUUUACAAUCAAAAGAUAGACAAACAGCCAAGCCACCUUCCAUUCUGAGUUUAGCAAAGCCUACAGCCGAACCUGACGUGGAAACUUGCAAACAGACAAAGCUGGAGACACCCUACCCUUUUGAGAGUGAGUCUGAGCCAUUGCUUGCAUCCUCUAGGAGAGUCUACAAAAAGCAUAGAAGAGCUAAUGAAGCUAGAGCUGAACUCAAAGAGACUUGUCUUGCUGCACUUCUUGAAGACGUUAGAGGCACCCUGUCCGAUCUCACCAGAGAGCAUCAGAUUGACAGGCAGCAGCACGGACGCAUGCUCCAGCUGACCGCACACCUCAGAGAGAACGUGAAGCACUUCAUCACACUGGGCAGUGACUGCAAUGUCCCCGAGACACUUGACAGUCUCAAACCACAGACCAAUGACAUUUUGACCAUAAUAAAGAAUGCAACCAACCAGGCAGGGGAUUAUCAAGAAACAGCUUAUCAACAGGACCCUGGACAUCCUUGGUAAAGACUUCAAACUCAAAAAUGGAAAACAAAUGAAAUAUUUACCAUGAAAGUUGUUUCACCUAUAAUGAAAUUACCGUAGGGAAUAUUUGCCGAAAUUAACAUUUGUAAUUUUUCCAUGUGUAUCGAAUCUGAUGUAGGCCCACUAAUAAUGAUUAAUAAUUCUAUUGAUAUAUACAAUAGUUCUGUUUGUUUUUUUUAAUUGGUACAAGCCUUCUUGUGAGGACUUUGCUUAUGUGUAAAAGUCCUCUUGU